UUCAUUUGAUUAUAUUUACUGUGCACGCAGACUGGAGGUAAUUUCCAUAUUCAUCAGGCAGGCAGUGACAAGGAGGUGGAGGUGGACCUGCUGCGGUUAAAUGGAUGUCGCUGCACACUUUCACUCUGCUCCAUUCACAUGUCUGGAUCGGAGGUCUGCGGCGCUAAUCCGCCUAAAUCCCGGUCAGCAGAGGCGGAGCAAGCAGCGCUUUGCAGUUUCCUCCCAGAUCGGUUUCACUGUGGCGGGUCGCAGAGAGUGCACGGACUUUCCCGUUUAAAAGAAACAAAACAAAAACACGAUGUGUAUCCUGGUGUUUUCUGUAGAGUAGCUGCCUGCGGAGACGGUGCGCUCAGGAAGGGGGAGCAAAUGCGCCUCUUGCCAUGACUGCUGCCGGGGAGCAGAGCUUUCAGGUGGCGUUGAUCUUGUUGUGCGUCGCCCAGCUGACCGCAGGUCUGAAGUGUGUGUGCCCGCUGUGCGCCAACUACACCUGUGAGACGACCGCAGACGGAGCCUGCUGGAACUCUGUGAUGCUGAUUGACGGGAAGGAGGAGACGGUCAAAUCCUGCAUGUCCCCCUCCCAGAUGAAGGGUCAGGUUUUCUGCUACAGCUCCAAAAACGUCUCCAAGAGGAACUGUUGCUUCACCGACUUCUGCAACAAUGAGACCCUGCACCUGCAUCGAGAGAGGCCUUCAGAGGAGCCGGGCUGGAGCAGACUGCAGCUCAUGGUGGUGAUCCUGGUGCCCUCCUGCUUGCUGUGUGUAGGGAUCCUGCUGGGGGUGUGUGUCGUGCAGGGACACCGUUGUGCCUACGGCAGAGCACAUAAGCAAGACCCCGAGGAGCCCCUGGAUGAUCAGAUGCUUAUGUCUCCUGAUAAAUGCCUCAAAGAUCUGAUUUAUGACAUGAGCACAUCUGGCUCAGGGUCAGGUCUACCACUGCUGGUCCAGAGGACUAUAGCUCGGACCAUCGUCCUGCAGGAGACCAUCGGGAAAGGUCGCUUUGGCGAGGUCUGGCGUGGCAAGUGGCAGGGGGAGGAUGUAGCUGUGAAGAUUUUCUCCUCCCGGGACGAGAGGUCCUGGUUCCGGGAAGCAGAAAUUUAUCAAACCAUCAUGCUCAGGCAUGAAAAUAUUCUCGGCUUCAUCGCUGCUGAUAACAAAGAUAACGGCUCGUGGACCCAGCUCUGGUUGGUGUCAGAGUACCAUGAGCACGGCUCCCUGUACGACUACCUGAACAGGUACACGGUCUCAGUGGAGGGCAUGGUUGUUUUGGCUUUGUCUGUAGCCAGUGGACUGGCACACCUUCACAUGGAAAUCAUUGGCACACAAGGAAAGCCCGCGAUCGCUCACAGAGAUCUAAAGUCCAAAAAUGUCCUUGUGAAGAGGAAUGGAACGGCAGUCAUUGCAGAUUUGGGCUUAGCUGUUAAACAUGAUUCCAGCACAAACACCAUAGACAUAGCGUCUAACCACAGAGUGGGAACUAAGAGGUACAUGGCUCCAGAGAUCCUGGAUGAGUCAGUCAAUAUGAACAACUUUGAGUCAUUUAAGAGAGCAGACAUCUAUUCGCUUGGCCUGGUGUUCUGGGAAUUAGCCAGAAGAUGCUCUGUAAGAGGACUUCAUGAAGAUUUUCAACUGCCUUACUAUGACAUGGUGCCUUCAGAUCCAUCCAUUGAGGACAUGAAAAAAGUUGUAUGUGAUCAGAAACUCAGACCAAACAUCCCCAACCAGUGGCAGAGUUGUGAGGCUCUGCGUGUGAUGGGAAAACUGAUGAGAGAGUGCUGGUAUGCCAAUGCUGCUGCGCGACUGACUGCGAUGCGAGUCAAGAAAACCGUGUCUCAACUGUCUGCAAUCAAAGACAUCAAAGACUAGCUUGGCUUGCUGCCCUGCAGAUCAUGACUGGUGCUGGCACUGGUGUCAUGACAUAAACCUGGAAAAAGCAGAAAUCCACUUUUCAGGAGGAAAACACAUUUUGUUUUUGUUGCCAAAGGUUUGUAUAAAGUGGGGCAUCGGUGGAAGUUUUCUGCAAAGAGAUCUAGGCAACUGACUUUCCUUUUUUAUAGAACGAGCCAUGCGACAUAAGUGUGUGAUUUUUUUUUUUUUUUUUUGCUACCUCAACAUUUGAAGUGCCCAAAGCUUGAAGUUGCACAUUGUUGUGCUUUUGUGCCGUUUUUUUUUUUCUGUUUGUUUGUUGUUUUUUUUGCUAUCAGAGUGCUGCUGGGCUGUUAGAUUGCUUAGUGACAAUCUCCGGAAAUAUCUUCUCAUCUUAAGUGUUUACUGACACAUGGAUUUUCCCUGAAAAUAUGAAGUGUUUUUGCACAGGUAGAACAUCUCUCUUGUACAGAUUUUGCUGAAGGUUCUGUGAAAGGGAACAUUGUCAUACUGUAUAUUUAGAUAACGUGAGCGUAUCUAAGCCUUUUCAGAAUGUAAACAGUCAACUAUAUAUGAGUAUUUAUUAUAGCUUGCUCAGGAUGGAGAUUUAUUUUUCAUUGGGAAAAUAUAUAUAUAUUUUUUGUGGGCAAAUAAAGCAUUAGAGUUCUGACCCUGCAUACUGGAAUAUGUUUCUAACCCAAACAAGGAGUUAGAGUGACUAAUAUGAAGGCUACCAAAGAGCAGGUUGAAAAAUGGUAAAUUAGUAGAAAAUAAAGACAACAACCUCACAAGGUUCACUUCAUUCAGUCUAUUUAAAUAUAAAUACAUUUUAAAUAAAACAUGGCCUGUCAGUAUUGACUUUAUGAAUGGUUCUUUGGUCAAUAUGUAACAGUUUGUGCUAACUACUUAGCAUGUAAAAGGCUAAUGUUGUGCUAUGUGAACAAAGUUAUUCUCUUGUCUGAGCUGUAUUCAUUAACGCAGCCCACAGAUAUUAACCAUUAUACAGCAUAAUAUUCCCAUUUUACUGUUUCAUAUUUCAUUCUGUGGAAGAGGUUCAGUGAAGUCUGAUUAGAUCGCCAUAGCCUGCAAUUCAAAAUGUGUUCAAUAAGUGCUCUAGAAUUUCUAAAAUUAGGCCUUAAUCUUUCAAAAAUGUACAUGUAAUGUGUAUUUUAGAAAUUCAUUUGUUGACUGUUUUAAGAAUUCAGUUUUAAGGAAAAGGGGGAACAUUAUAUUAAUUUAUAUAUUUUUGUACAAGUCUAAGACAUGGUACGGCCAAUCAAAAGAGAUGCAUAAUAACGGGGGUUUUCUAGACUUAAUAGGAUAAUUAGGAUAAUUGAUGUUGCCUACAAAGCCUAACCAGCAGAGAGGGAGAAGUUACAAGGAUUUGUUCACCGUUGUGCUUGAGUGAAUCAAUGUGUGUGCGCGCGCAAGAGUGCCUGUUUUAGUCUCUGGUUGUUAAUAUUUGUAUAUUGUAUGAAGAUAUCUAUCAUUGAAUUAUGAAAUUAUAAAACUGCACCUAUGGGGAAAAAACAUAUGCUUUCCUUUUGAUUCAUUUCUUACUCUAGGCCCUGUUUGUCUGCUCAGUUGCAGAUGACAUAUAUGCUCCUACACAGCAGGGAAAGUAUUGAACGUGUAGAAAUUUUUUCACAACGAACACAUUUCUUUUUGGGCUGUUUGACAUUAAAUUUGCAUCAAAUGUUGGCAACAGCCCAAGUAAUCCAUAAAUACAAAUAAAUAAAAACAUGCAAGUCCAGAGAGUGGUGUAAACGAGAAGUAUUGAAGGUGCUCACUGAAAUUUGCUCAAUACUUGGUUCAAUAGCCAUGUUGUGUGGAGACAUAGCAGCUUUUAUUGCUCAGGUGUGAUUGACUUAUUCUUACACACAAAAUAUCCUUAAAACUUGGAAGGUUUUGGGAUCUUCUGCCAUGCACCAGAUCUUUAGAUCUUACAAUAGAUUUUCAGUUAGAUAAAGUUUUGUGAUUCUGCCCAUCUUUCAGCUUGAUUUUUAUCUUUUUUCUUCUGACAACAACUGGGAGUUUCCUUGGCUAUGUGGUUAGGACCAUUAUCUUUCUGAAAAAUCUGGCCUCGUUUCAGAUUCCUUUCUAAUAGGUUCAGUCAAAUCCUUCCUUCAGAUACAGUCUGCCAGUACAACAUGCAGCAAAAAGUCCCACGCCAUGAUAUUCCCUCCUUCAAACUUCAGUGUCUGUGUUUUUGGUUGGACAUUUGUUGCCACAGCUCCACCAAAUGCAUGUCAUGACAUCCAAUGAGAUAAAUGUUGUUCUCAUUUGAUCUAACAAAUGUUUCCUAAUUUUUCAAUAGCUUGUGCUAGUGUUCUGGUGCAUAUUUUAAACAAAUUUAUGCAGCACUGAAGGCUUGUGCAGUGAGGCCAUGCUGCUUGAAUGCAUUGCUUAUCGUUUUCACAGAGGAAAAAAACAGUUUCUGCUAUUCCCAGGCCUUUCUGAUGCUUUUUUCUGAGCAGUUCUGGCUCUCGGAAAACUCUUCUCAUCAUUUACUUUAACACAUCUGUCAUACAGUACAUAUUCUGAGGACCAGGUCAAUGGUGCUCAAUUGAGUAUUCAGAAGUUUCAAAAUUUGCCUUUGACCAAUGCUGUCAGGAUGUUUUGCUACAAUAAUGUAGUAAUGGUCUGGAGUGAGUAGACCAUAAACUGGGACUCAAAAAGCUGAUGUUAAUUUGCUCUUAAAGGACCACUUUCUAAAUACUAAUGACAUUCAAUUAUAUGUUUGACUUGCAGUGGCUUUUCAUGUUUUUUUUUCUUCAGAAUUUCAAUACUUGUUCCGCGAUUUAUUCCCCCAUAUCACGCAUGAUUUAUAGCCUUAUUUGAGUAGAUUUUAUUGCAUGUUUGCAUGGAUUACUAGGCUGUUUCCGGUAUAGUCCAUAUCUAUAGCACUAUUAGAGUUACAUAUACUAACCUCCCCCCUCAACACGCACACACACAAAACAUUGACAUAUUAAACAUCCAUUUUCCCCACAAUAGCAGCUCAGUCUGAAUGAAAAAAAGUGUGUUGUAACAGCAUCCAACCAAUAUGGAAAAUAUGAAUUUAUCAUCCUUAAUUUUCUCAAAUUAGUUCAAUUCAGCCAUGUAAUCAUUUUACUUCCUUGCAAAUAAUAAAAAGUGAACACAGACAUUCUGUCUCUGCUGAUUAAACAUUGAACCUUUAUAUGCUUGCGCUUUGAAUUUAUUUCACUGAGUUCUGUUGAUUUUAAGCCAAUUUUACCUAUUGUGUCAUAUAUCAGAUUGCAAAAGGGUGAAAGUAAAGCAUGUGAUGUAUUUUUUUAUUCCAAAGACGAUUGAUCAGUAUGUCCGAUUUCUGACUAGUGUUUACUGUGUAAAACAAACAAGUAGCUCAUUUAGAUUCGGUCUUCAUUCAUGUUAAUCGGUUGUUACUCAUUUGUGAACUUUGUACACUCUAUUUUAUCAUUUCUUCCCAGCACUAUUUAUUCUGUAUAAAAUGAUAUCUGUGUGUAAAUAAACUGUUCUUCAUGUUCCGGCUGCGUUGCUCUCAUAUUGCAAAUGUUUCUGAAAGCUCAGAUUGUGCAAAACUUUGCAAACUGCUGCAUGUGAGGCAAAAAAAA